CGUCCACACCUUUUGUGUUUUUGGGAAACUCUUCCACUCUUUUCACACUUCUUGCCUUCAGUCGUUUCCAGACGAUUGAUUUCCUUCAGAUAAUUGAGAGUAAGUGUUUUGUUCAGCACCACGCGCAGAGCGGACAGCGCAGCAGCAUGGAGCCGUACACGGUCUCCGGAGCGCAGCUCUCCCUGUCCGACCUUUACUCCGUGAUCCCCUUCAAUGUCACCUUCCCGGACGAGGAGAGCGGCUCGAUGGGCGACAGGCUGCAGAACUACACCGAGCAGCAGGCUCCGGCGGCGAGGAGCGCCGGGGGGAUAAUCAUAGCCAUAUCCAUCACGGCUCUGUACUCCGUCAUUUGCGUGGUGGGACUCCUGGGCAACGUCCUCGUCAUGUACGGGGUGGUCAGAUACACCAAGAUGAAGACGGCCACAAACAUCUACAUCUUCAACCUGGCUCUUGCCGACGCCUUGGCCACCAGCACGCUGCCCUUCCAGAGUGCCAAAUACCUCAUGAACACGUGGCCGUUUGGGCAAGUCCUGUGCAAGCUCAUCAUUGCCAUCGACUACUACAACAUGUUCACGAGCAUCUUCACCCUCACCAUGAUGAGCGUGGACCGCUACAUCGCCGUGUGCCACCCGAUCAGGGCGCUGGAGUUUCGGACACCGGUCAAGGCUAAGUUGAUCAACGUGCUCAUCUGGGUCCUGUCCUCGGCGAUUGGGGUUCCCAUUAUGGUCAUGGCUGUGACCAAAGUGGAGGAUAAUGGUAAAACCAUGUGCAUGCUGAAGUUCCCUGACCCGGACUGGUACUGGGACACAGUGACAAAGAUCUGCGUCUUCAUCUUUGCUUUCGUGGUUCCUGUGAUGGUGAUCACCAUAUGUUACGGCCUGAUGAUCCUGCGUCUGAAGAGCGUUCGUCUGCUCUCAGGCUCCAAGGAGAAAGACCGAAACAUGCGCCGCAUCACUCGCAUGGUCCUGGUGGUGGUGGCUGCCUUCAUCAUCUGCUGGACCCCCAUCCACAUCUUCAUCAUCGUGAAGACGAUGGUGGAGAUUGACGUCAGGAACCCCUUCGUGAUAGCCAGCUGGCACCUCUGCAUCGCCUUGGGCUACACCAACAGCAGCCUCAACCCUGUCCUCUACGCGUUUCUGGAUGAAAACUUCAAGCGGUGCUUUAGGGAUUUUUGCCUUCCCUGUCGGACCCACGUGGAGCAGCACAGUCUGACCAGAGGCCGCAACACCACCAGGGAGCCGGUGUCCGUCUGCCCUCCGUCAGAAGCGAGGAAGAAGCCGGCAUGACUAGGCAUGGAAUGGGUCCCCCACAGCUCUCGCUCGAGGAGGAUCCAGCAAGAUCUGCAAUCAGAGGUCACCCAGAUCUCCACAACAGAGUUUUAAAUGAAAAGAGAAGCAGCUCGUCUGAGAUCUGAGUCAUUCUCUCCAAUUUGGCUCAGUUGACAUUCAAAGGAGUUGCUAAAGAGAAUGAAAAAUAAGUCUCAGCUUGAUCUUACAUUUCUAAAAACAAAAUGGAAUAUUUGUUAUUUUUCUCAAAUGUGAAGCCUUUGAGAGUGGAUGGGGUGAAAUCCCAAAGAGAACAUCUAAAUGUAAAAAGGAAGAUCAUGAUAGAGAACGCCCCCAGCUCAUGAUUUGUCUGCCCAAAAGACGAGACUGCAGGACCUUUUAAUAAUGCAAAAAGGACAAAGUCACACUCGCAGGUUUCUGUCUCGUCAAGCAAAGAAUGCAUGGAUCAGACACCGCCAGUGUAAUCACAGGCUGAUUCAUGUGCAACAGAGUGUGGGACAAUGGGCUUUUUCAAUUCAAUCUUCAUCAUUUCCUCUAGGGAACACGUCGCUACACGUUCAAAGAAACGAAAGGAGUAUUUUCUGUUCCGUCAACUUCGGCACAAAACAAAUGAGCCUUACAUAAGAACAAGACUGAUACCCCCGACAGCUGGAUGAUGAACUACAGCAUAGUCGGAGAAUCUUGUUUACUGCAAGAAUAGUUUUUCCCUUUAGACUCCGCCACCUUCGACGGCGUUGAAAGAAGGAUAUGGGGCUCAAUGUUCCAUGGAUUUGUCUUCAUACUACACCACAAUGCUUUUGACUAAUGUGAAUCAAACGAAAAAAUACUAGAAAAAAACGGAAAGACAAGAAUCCGAUGCCUUGAAAAUGGCUUUCUGCUGUGUUUACACAUUCAGCUGUGAGGAUCCCACAGAGACAAUACAUAUUCACUAUUCUGUGCCGUGAUAACAAUAACAGCGGUGAUUUAAAGUGUACUGUACAUAGCUUUACCAAGUGCUGCAGGAUUUUUGCUAUUUCGAGUUACAUAAGGGCACAGUGACAGAAAUGUACAGUUGUCAUGCAGGAUAUGAAAUCAUAAUCAAAUCCACAUUGUGGGGUUUUUGUGCUCGGAACAGCAUCGAUCCACCGAAGCUUUGAUUUCUAGGGAGGUCUUUUCUUCUCACCUACUUGACUUUCAUGAGUGGUGCCUGCAGAGAGCCUCUGAGCAGAACCAGUAAUGAAUGGAAACCACGUCUCUCUCACCUUGUUGAUUCAUUGUUUGAAACAGAUGUAAAGUCAAAGAAGACCCCUUAACUCCGACUGAGCAUCGUCAUCACAGUGUCGCGAGAGACGUCCGUUCUUGAUGUCAACAAACACACAAGUAGAUUAUUGACUAAAACGCUAUCAUCUGUGGAAUAAAUGUGGCACAACAGAUAUAAAGGGUGAUUUAUGUCCUCCAACAGAUCCUGACACCAAUCAAACUGGAGGCAUCCAUCAAUGGACUGCCGCUAAGUUAAUGAUCAUUUCAACUUUGCAUACCAGAUGAGGUAUGUCAGUUUUAAUAAUGCAGAGUUCAUUAGAAUUCGCCGUCUGGUUUGAAGGAUAAAUCCGUGACGACAAGCAAACGUGUACAAAUAUGGGAUAGUUUUGUUAUAUUGUUGAAAUGUUGAAGUCAAUGUUGUAAAUGUGGAACAGAUAAAACGCAUCCAAACUGAAUAUAAAUCUAAAAAGAUGAGGGUAAAGCCCACUUGAGGCCUUUGUGAUAUUGGCAUAUAUAAAUAAAAUUGACUUGAUUUACAGAUGAAAGGGAAAAAAAUCAAUAAUUGUGAAUUUGUAAAUAGUAUAAAGCUUUUGCAUUUUAACAGAUUUGGCUUCAGCCGCAGUUAAAAUGAGGUGUGCCUGUGAUUCUGUGCGUUCUCUUUACACUUUUUGAAUCUUAAAAUCUCUCCACUCGCUUUUGACUCAUCUGGCUCAAAUGAGAAAAUCAAAGAAACAAAAGAAGACAACGAUUCAGCGUUCUGCUCCGCUGACAGAUUCAACAAUUCAGCUGUGGGUUGAUCCACAGAGACGGGGAGAAACAUUUUCUGUGGGAAGUAGGAGAUUGACAUUUUUUGCGCCUUUACAUUCCUGCAUAUUUUCUUACAAUGACAGUGAUUUAAAGUGUACUGCACGUAUCCGCUUAGCUUUUUACCAAGUGGUGUGCAAGUGGAAGUCUCUCAGCCACCUUUAUUUUGCAAAUUGAAGUAGUUUAAGGACACAAUGACAGAAAUGUUUAGGAUUAGUUUUCGUACAAAGAAUGAUAAGGGUGUACAAGUUAUUGCAUUUUGACAAUUUUAAAAAAGCGAAUUACUUCUAAUAAAUGUAUAAAUUAAAAGAGCUGUGAUGUGCAUUCAGGGUAUGAUCAAUUAAAAAUGUUUCCUCAUUUUUCAUCUCAUUCUUUGAGCAGAAUUUGCCUCAUUAAUGAUUCAAAUUGUUUAAAUUGUUUAAAUUGUUGGAUGCAGCUUGUUACAUUAAACAUGUCAUUGUUGUAAUUUUCACCAUGUUGUCAAGUGCAAAAAGAAAUCAGUAAUAUUUUACCACCUCGUUAAUAACGAGAAUAAAGAAGCGUUGUGUUGCUGAUCGAUGCUGACCAAUCGAUGUUGCCUUCAGGGCAACGGAGAUUUCAAGCUUUACGAACAAGCAGUCUGGUAUUUUAAUACUUCCCCCUCCCCCUCUGGAGCACCUUGUGCCCCCUGUGCCCUCUGACAUUCACCUCUAACAGUAAUCGGCUGUAACGUUUGUCAAAUCAUCCCCUAAAGCACAUGUUCCUCCAGACGACUCUCUUGGUUCUGUAUUUCUUUCUAUCCCACCCCCAGCUGUAGCCGAGCUAAAGAAAAUAUUAGAGACGAAACCGACAGAAGGGUGAGACUAAGAGAAAAGGUCGCAAUUACAAAUCCGUCUGCUACGACGCAGACAGCGCCAUGGAUAGUGAUACACAACACAGUAAGGCUGUGAGCCAUCGUGGGGGCAAGAGAUUCUAACUGGAACAAACCUCAGUCAGAUAAAAGGUCUAACAUAUUCAAUUAAAACAAUCCCUCCGGCAAAAAAACCUCCAUCUUUGUGUUUACUAACCCUAACCCUAACCCUAACCCUAAGCAGCUGACCAUUAAAAUCUGUUGAUGAACUGACAACUUAUUCAUUUAGUUUAUUUUCCUUUAACGUCCCUUUCGUAGUACAAUAUCCCUUAUAGCAACAGAGGCAUUUUUUUAUUGGUUAUGUUUAAAUACUCACAUUACUUUGAGACGAUCGUUUUCUUUAUCUUUGAGUGCUUUUGUUGCCUGAACCUAACUAUGCAGGGCUCAGGGUACGAACCCGUCCCUGAGGUCAAAGUCCUGCAGCUCCUCGACGUCCGUAUUGUACAAAAACAUAGAAAUAAAAGCGUUCCUAUUGAACAUCCUGCAGAAAGAAUGUGUCCCUCGAGGCUAGAAAAACAAAGUAGUAUGACAUAAACAUAAUUUUUAGGAGAUGGGGUUGGAGCGGUGAUGCGAAUGCUUUCUGAUGUGAACAGUGAUGUGAUUGCUUGGCGUAGAAAGAGAUUAACAAAGGACAGUAUGUUUUUGACUAUGUUAAGCCGCAUACCAGUUAACUUUCUUUACAGAACAACUUCCAAACAUCAGCUUACCACCACUUUGUGUUUGUAUUACGAACAGCUAACUCAAACCUUUACCCUAAACUGU